AAAGUUUUUCAAACAAAAAUAUAUAAUUAUGUGGAAACAAAUGUUUGGUGUUUUGCUUAUUGCCUUGUGCCUGAUGCACUCGGCGACUGCCAUCAAGUGCUAUCAAUGCAAGUCCCUAACGGAUCCCAACUGCGCCAAGGAGAAGAUCGAUGCUGGCUCCAACGUGCGGCAGGUGGACUGCGAUAAUGCGGCCAGGCCCAAUACCAUGGAACAGCUCCAGCCAGUGACCAAAUGCAACAAGGUGGUCACCAGCGACCGCGCCGGCGUCAUUGUCUCCCGCGACUGCCACUUUGAGUCGAUUGGGCAGAAGGACAACGAGUGCACGGUAACACACAGCCGCCAGGUGGAGAGCUGCUUCACCUGCAAGGGGGAUCUGUGCAAUGCCUCUGGAGCGUCCCGUUAUUUGGCCCUGAGCGCAACUGUUCUGGUGGCGGUAUUCGCCUUGCAAAUGGCGCUGUGAGUGAAAACUCAACAAAUGAGCAAAAACGAAUAAAAAUGCAUUUUCAUGUGCAAACACACAUACACA